CCCAUGUGAUUGCCAAAGCUAAAGGCCUUGCCAUUCUGUCUGUGAUCAAAGCUGGGUUCCUGGUGACUGCCAGGGGAGGCAGUGGGAUCGUCCUGGCCCGCCUUCCAGAUGGAAGUAUCGGAUCUGGUGAUAAUUCUGAACUAUGAUAGAGCCGUUGAAGCUUUUGCGAAAGGUGGGAAUCUGACGCUUGGAGGGAACUGUACUGUGGCUGUUGGGCCCUUGGGAAGGAACCUGGAAGGAAAUGUGGCCCUGAGGAGCUCUGCAGCUGUCUUCACAUACUGCAAGUCCAGGGGGCUCUUCGCAGGCAUCUCUCUAGAAGGGAGCUGUCUAAUUGAAAGGAAAGAAACUAACCGGAAAUUCUACUGCCAGGACAUUCGAGCCUGUGACAUCUUAUUUGGAGAUGUGCCACGACCUGCACAAGCCGAAGAUCUUUAUGAGAUUCUUGAUUCCUUCACCCAGAAGUACGAGAGUGAGGCGCAGCGCACCAACGCCAGGAGAGCAGCCAGGGAGCUGCACAAGGCUAAGGAAUUACCUCCAAAGCCGUCCUCAAGACCACAGGGGUCAUCUGCAGCAGCCCAGCCGAGCUCCAGCUCUCAAAGUAACAGAAAUGAAUAUAAACUGUAUCCUGAGCUUUCCAGCUAUCAUGAGACUGUUGGCGGUUCAAAUCAGCCAAUAGAAGUGACAGCACUGUAUUCUUUUGAAGGACAGCAGCCGGGAGACUUGAAUUUCCAAGCUGGAGACAAAAUCAUAGUUACAUCAAAAACUGAUUCACAUUUUGAUUGGUGGGAAGGAAAUCUUCGUGGCCAAACUGGCAUUUUUCCAGCCAACUAUGUAACCAUGAAUUAAAGUUUUGUUAUUUUC